GCCUGAAAGGGAAAUUGCAUGAAGCCUGUCAGGGAGGUGAUUGGAAAAGGUUUCUUUCCAAAUCUAGUUGAAAUCAACUUAUUGGCGCAGUCUCUUUGCCGGGAUGGGCAACCACAUGAAGCUCAGCAGUUACUCAUGGAGUGCAUGAACAAGGGUUGUGCUGUUAACGUAGUCAAUUUCUCCACUGUCAUUCAUGGAUUUGGUCAGAAAGAUGAUUUGGAAGCUGCACUGUCAUUGUGGGAUGAUAUGUACUUUUGUAACAAGGACCCUGGUUCUGUGACAUACACAACAUUAAUUGAUGCACUAGGCAAAGCUGGCCGUAUAGAAGACGCCACUGAACUUUCAAUGAAGAUGCUGAGGCAAGGGUUGGCUCCUUCUCCUGUUACAUACAGGCCUGUCAUCCACCAGUAUUGUCGAAAGGGUAGGGUAGAAGAUUUGAUGAAAUUAUUGAAGAACAUGAUUUCAAAAGGCAGAUUUCAAACCCUAUUUAAUCUAGUUAUUGAGAAACUUUGUAAAUUUGGAUACCUUAAAGAGGCCGACAGCCUUUUAGGUGAGGGUUUGAGGACGGCUUCAAGAACUGAUGCUAAAACUUGUCAUGUUUAUUUAAGUGUUGGAAUUCCUAUGUCAACAUAUACAGUUUCUUGUCAAAUGUUCAAUAGAAAUCUACUUCCUGAUUUAUUGUUAUGUGAGAAGGUAAGCAGGAGACUUCUUAUAGGAGGAAAAUUGGAGGAGGCCGAUAGGCUUGUAUUACGGUUUGUAGAGCGUGAUUGUGUUUUGUCUCAAGAUCAAAAGCACUUGCAGGACUAAGAUUUCUAAUAAUCUAUCUUGGUUGACUUCAUGUUUACAUCAUAUUUCUGUGCUGUGAGUUGCAUAAAUCUGCUUCCAGGUUUCAGAA